UCUGGGAUCUGGGGAAGGCCCAAUACCUCGCGGGCAGAGAGUGCAGGUUUAGCGUGUGUAGUUUCCUCUCCCGCCCCGCCGCACCCUGAUUUCCUAGAAGGGUUGUCGCCCGACAAGCUUGGUUUAGAGAAAGGAGGCCCCGCCAUUCCCCGUUGUCGAUUAGCUGCCCGUCAUCCAUCAGGUUAGGAGGCGGAGUUUGGGCGCUUUCCUGUUGCAUCAGCUGGUCCCUCCCGGCCACGUGGCGCAAGCGCAGUGUUCCUGGGCGUUCCAACCCACCUCUGCCUGGCGACCACUGUCCUUUCCUCCUGACCGAAGUUUUGGGGUUUAGUUUUCUCUUAGUGGUUUGCCAGUGUCCGAGGAGAAGGCCAGUAGCCCUUGAGGGAAAAUGGGAGACGAGAAGUCGGUAGGUGCCAGUGAGGAGAAACGAAAGGAAGGAGGCAAGAAGAAGAACAAAGAAGGCUCUGGGGAUGGAGGUCGAGCAGAGUUGAAUCCUUGGCCUGAAUAUAUUAACAUACGUCUUGAGAUGUAUAAUAAACUAAAAGCAGAACACGAUUCCAUUCUGGCAGAAAAAGAAGAAAAAGAUAGCAAGCCAAUUAAAGUCACCCUGCCUGAUGGUAAACAGUUGGAUGCAGAAUCCUGGAAAACUACACCAUAUCAAAUUGCUUGUGGAAUUAGUCAAGGCCUGGCUGACAACACUGUUAUUGCUAAAGUGAAUAAAGUCGUCUGGGACCUAGACCGUCCUCUGGAGGAAGAUUGUACCUUGGAGCUUCUCAAGUUUGAGGAUGAGGAAGCUCAAGCAGUAUAUUGGCACUCGAGUGCUCACAUAAUGGGUGAAGCCAUGGAAAGAGUCUAUGGUGGGUGUUUGUGUUACGGUCCACCAAUAGAAAAUGGAUUCUAUUACGACAUGUACCUUGAAGAAGGGGGUGUGUCCAGCAACGAUUUCUCUUCUUUGGAGGCUUUAUGUAAGAAAAUCAUUAAAGAAAAACAAGCUUUUGAAAGAUUAGAAGUUAAGAAGGAAACUUUACUGGAAAUGUUUAAGUACAACAAGUUCAAAUGCAGGAUAUUGAACGAAAAAGUGAAUACUCCAACUACCACAGUCUAUAGGUGUGGCCCCUUGAUAGAUCUCUGCCGGGGUCCUCAUGUCAGACACACUGGCAAAAUCAAGACUUUGAAAAUACACAAAAAUUCCUCCACCUACUGGGAAGGCAAGGCAGAUAUGGAGACUCUGCAGAGAAUUUAUGGCAUUUCAUUCCCAGAUCCUAAAAUGUUGAAAGAAUGGGAGAAGUUCCAAGAGGAGGCUAAAAACCGAGAUCAUAGGAAAAUUGGAAGGGACCAAGAACUGUAUUUCUUCCAUGAACUCAGCCCUGGAAGUUGCUUUUUCCUGCCGAAGGGAGCCUACAUUUAUAAUACACUUAUUGAAUUCAUCAGGAGUGAAUAUAGGAAACGAGGAUUCCAGGAGGUGGUCACCCCAAACAUCUACAACAGCCGACUCUGGAUGACCUCGGGCCACUGGCAGCACUACAGCGACAACAUGUUCUCCUUUGAGGUGGAGAAGGAGCUGUUUGCUCUGAAACCCAUGAACUGCCCGGGACACUGCCUCAUGUUUGAUCAUCGGCCAAGAUCCUGGCGAGAGUUGCCUCUGCGAGUAGCUGAUUUUGGGGUGCUUCAUAGGAAUGAGCUGUCGGGAGCGCUCACAGGACUCACUCGGGUGCGAAGAUUCCAGCAGGAUGACGCUCACAUAUUCUGUGCCAUAGAGCAGAUUGAGGAUGAAAUAAAAGGUUGUUUGGAUUUUCUGCGUACAGUAUAUAGCAUAUUUGGGUUUUCUUUUAAACUGAACCUGUCUACUCGCCCGGAAAAAUUCCUUGGAGAUAUUGAAGUAUGGAAUCAAGCCGAGAAACAACUUGAAAACAGUCUGAAUGAGUUUGGUGAAAAGUGGGAAUUAAAUCCUGGAGAUGGAGCUUUCUAUGGUCCAAAGAUUGACAUACAGAUUAAAGAUGCCAUUGGUCGGUACCACCAGUGUGCAACAAUCCAGCUGGAUUUUCAGUUGCCCAUUAGAUUUAAUCUUACUUUUGUAAGCCAUGAUGGUGAUGAUAAGAAAAGGCCAGUGAUUGUCCAUAGAGCCAUCUUGGGGUCAGUGGAAAGAAUGAUUGCUAUCCUCACUGAAAACUAUGGGGGCAAAUGGCCCUUCUGGCUGUCUCCUCGCCAGGUAAUGGUAGUUCCCGUGGGACCAACAUGUGAUGAAUAUGCCCAAAAGGUACGGCAACAAUUCCACGAUGCUAAAUUCAUGGUGGACAUUGAUCUGGAUCCGGGCUGUACAUUAAACAAGAAGAUCAGAAACGCACAGUUAGCACAGUAUAACUUCAUCCUAGUUGUUGGUGAGAAAGAGAAAACCAGCAGCACUGUCAAUAUCCGUACCAGAGAUAACAAGGUGCACGGAGAACAUACUAUUUCUGAGACCAUCGAGCGGCUCCAGCGGCUCAAGCAGUCCCGCAGCAAACAGGCAGAAGAAGAAUUUUAAGGAAGAACUUUGCCCACAUUGGCUCAAUGGAAAAGAAUGAUCGUGUCUCCUUAACAGUAACUUUGUACAACUGAAAACAUCAGCUUCUACUGACCUUGGAAUAGUUUGGCAGAGUCCGCAGAGAUGGCUGCAGGAUCAACCUUUUUUGACCUAGACAGAUUUUAGAAAAUAUGUAUUUGAGGGAGGUAAUUAAAAGUGACACAGUAAAGUGAUUUUAUUCAUUAAAUUUCUGAGCACUGGAAUAAAAACAGGAAUGCUCUGAUGUAAUGUGGAAGAAUGUUUUUGUAAAUUUAAUACAGCUAAAAUAAAAUUUUUUCAAAUUUGAUUAAUGGAAAAGAAAGAUUAGAAUUGGAUUAUGAUAUAGAAAUAAAAACUUUCAUUCACGUAAGUUUCAACCGCUCUGUCCCUUGUGUCCAUGCAAACCUACCUGGAACAAAUUGCGUGAUUCAAUAUUUAUCUUUCAUCUUUUAUAAUACAAAUGAUGUAAGUUGGGUGGAGGGGUAAAAUCUGUAGUGUACUGCUGUUCUCAAACUGGGGUAUGAACCAGGUGCCUGCUUCUCAGUCAUAAGGUGACAUCGUGUAGGAAUGUCACUUAACGGUUUUGGAAUACAAACCUUUUAAAACAAAUUAAAACCAACCAUGAAGCUAAUUUAGAGUAGAUUUGCACAAAUUUUUAAGAAGAAGGAUGAGUCUUCAAAGAAAUGCAUGCUUCACAGAUAUAGAGAACAAACUAGUGGUUACCAGUGGGGAGAGGGAACAUGGGAGGGGCAAUAAUAGGGGUAGGGGAUUAAGAGGUACAAACUAUUAGGUAUAAAAUUGGCUACAAGGAUAUAUUGUGCAACACAGGGAAUAUAGCCGACAUUCCAUAAUGAAUAUAAAUGGAGUAUAACCUUAAAAAUUGUGAAUCACUAUAUUGUACACCUGUAACUUAUAUGAUAUUGUACAUCAAUAUAAUAUAAUAGUACAAUAUAAUGUACAUCAGCUACACUUCAAUAAAAAAAAAGAGAAAUGUGUGUUUAUGGC